AUGGAUAUUACAAAAUCUUCAGGAUACAAAGAUUUCUUGUGGGCAGUUAAGCUACAUCGUAUAAGUUUAGAAAUGGUAGGCUUGUGGCCUAAAUUCAACAAAUAUAAUAAAAAGAACUUGUGGUUAGAAAUUUGGGUCGACAUCAUUUUUGUUUUAUUAAUAUUUGUUUCUAAUGUUCCGAUGAUAUAUACAGUUAUAGAAGUUUGGGGCAAUAUGAUAUCUGUCAUAAAUAGUUUACGGACAACGUUAGCCAUGCUAAUAAUAUCAGUGAAAUACGUUAUCAUACGAUGGAAACAAACAAAUGUCUUGUCAAUCAUAAAUAUGAUGGCAGAAGAUUGGAUGGCUUUCAAGUUGGAUAGAGAAAGAGAUGUGAUGAUAAAACGAGCACAAACAGCGCUUAUGAUGAUUGGAUAUAUUUUCAUAAUAAUAGAGUCUUUCACAUUCAUUGUCUUUCCUUGUUUCGGCAUUCAAGUAAUACACGUAAUGAAUUCCACGGAUCGACGAAAAUUUUUACCAUUGGCAACAUACCAUUUCUACGACAUAAAUAAGAGUCCACAAUUUGAAUUGACAUUUUUCAUUCAUAUCAUAACUUCCUUGUUAUUAACUAUCAUUUACAUGUCUGUAGAUAUUCUUCUAGUAUUAAUGAUUCUUCAUAUUUGUGGUCAAUUAGAAAAUUUUAGAUGUCGAUUAAAUAAUUUAAUUUCAUGCAAAAAUUUUAAUAAAGUUUUAAACAACAUCGUAGGAACUCAUCUACGUCUUAUCAGGUAUGAAUUUUUAUUGUAA